AAUUGACUUGUAAUAAGUUAUUUUGAGUUGUCGAUUAAAUUUUCAGUAUAUUUGGGAAGAAUGAAAGUGAAACUAAAGAAUUUAUCAUGCCCAUCUACACGGAAAUCCAGCAGCCAGUAAUAUUGGAUUGCAGUUCCAGCGAGAACUUUUUCAAUUGCUAUGUCACGCAGAUCCUGACCAACAAAAUGAUACUUAAAAAUGGACCAGGCUCCACUAGGAGUUCCCCCAGUUUCGUGCAAAACGACAAGUCACAAGAGGACCAAAAAUGCACAAGCCUGGUGCAAAGACACCCCAACCAAAUGAGCGAGACUGAUCGGAAGAUCAGAAAGAAGCUGAUGGUUUUGAAGAAGAACGUCGGCUUAAUGAUGCAGCAAAACUACCCGCCACCAGAGAAAGCUUUAAGCCAACCGCGUACCCAUCUAUUCUUCUUUACCCCCAGAUGCAGUAUAGCUAGCAAGGAGCCGACCCAGAGUCUGUAUCAAUUGGAGUACAGACCAUCAACACGUAAUUUCGAACGUAAACCGGUGGAGGAGCAGCCCGACGGCACCGAUUCUCUCACGGAAAUAACAGAGGAUGAUUCCAAGCAAUCCCGCUGGCUGAACAAACAGAAGAAGUUCCUCAACGUGUUCAAGACAUCGAUGGAAAACCUGGACAACUUCAUGGUGGACAUGAACAAGUACGUGGCCGAGAUCCAGAGGCGCAUGGAGGCAUUGAAGGACUGCGAGACGUGGCACCAACAGUUGCAGGUCAUGAAAAACGACAAGAUUAAAGAAGUCAAAGAAGAAACGUCUCGUCCCAGCACUUGUAAGGUGCAAAACAGCCGCAAAUUCAAGACGAUAAUCAAGCCAGAGGACGUGAUAUUGGGGCGGGCGUCGUUUUGCGGAAGACUGAAUCAAAAAGGCGUAAGGAGGAGCGCAACGAAAAGGCCGCCGUCCGCCGCCGAGUGCGAGAGCGACCAGAUACAAAUAGAAAAGGAUCCGACCUUGGAAAUCGUCCAGCCGGACGUGUCGAAGAGCAAGGCGCUGGUGGACUUGCACGGGAAGCUGUUGCAUCAGACGGAAGCAAAGGACAGCUACAUCUGUUUUCAAAAACUGAUGGAUCAAACCGAAAAGCGGGUCAGAAAGGAGCAAGAGAACAGGGAGAACGCGAGCAGACCUUGGAGGAUCACCAACGAUCGUUUCGAAAAUCAAAAACGAAAAAUGAAGAAGUCUGGAGACCUGUGCAAAAUGUUCAAUAACAGCUUGUGCUUCUCGCAGAAGAGCUUCAGGGUGCGCAAGCCAUCAGUUAAACGUCCGGAUAAGCCAGGUAAAACGUACAAAAGGCGGGACGUCAGACGUAUUUCCAUGAUGAGUCUGGACGAUGACAAAGUUUGGAGGCAGAUGAAGAAAGAUCAGGAAUUGAAAAGGCAGUGCAGUUUGGAGGUGACCAGCCAGAACUGCAAAAUGGAGAAGAAGGAACGCACAAAACUUGUGCACAAGUUGUUGUUGAACAGUCCUCCCGUUCGCAGAACGUAUAACGAUGUGUUGGACAUUGUUACGCUCUCCGACUUGACGCCAUUAAAGUCGGAGUAUCCUAGACGAGAUAAUUUGGGAAUCACCUGGAGCAACAGCUAUUUAUUCCAACUGGCCAACGAUCAAAAUCUAGACGACAUGUUGGAGAAUUUGAUCACAAUAAAUGAGGAAAUGUGUGAAAUUGUGGACGUCACUGAAGAGUAACUGUACUUUGUAACAACAAAUAAAGCAUCACUCUACAA